CUUAGAUUCAGACCACAAUCCUCGCUGGGCGUGCAAAAGUUUUUACUCCAGGAUUUUGGGUUCGAGGCUAAAGACAUCGCUCAAGUGGUCAGUCACUCCUUCACCAGCUGCAAGAAUCGCUGCCAAGAUCUGCCUGCAAGGUACAACAGUAGUGGACGGUCAUUUGCCAUGAAGCUAGAGGUAUGGCUGCUGUUAUUUGCAUAUGCCAGUCUGGCUACCUGGCAAUCCGAAGCUAGAAAUACUAGUCCGGAGGAGUUCAGUGCUGCAAAACGAAGCGAGAAAGCUGACCCCGUGAAUGAGGUCAAGAGGGCCGAGAAAUGUGGGCUCGCCAAGAACGUCACCUGCAAGACGACUGUGGCCGAGGCGAAGACGUUUCUGCAGGCCUACGACACGAAGGCGGCGCAGGUUCGAAACCGACUGAGCGAGGCAGACUUCACGCACAAGACCAAUAUGACAGACUACAACGCGGAGUUACUGACCGCGGCUGAAGUGGAGAAAGCGAAGUUUGAAAAGGAACAACGGGUGCUGGCCUUGGAAUUUGACGUCACGAAGAUGCCAGACGACAUCCAGCGGCAGUUCCAGUUCAUCAAGAACAUUGGUCCGUCUGCUGAGCAGAACCAAACUAAAGUGGAAAGGCUGAAAAAUGUACAGACCGAGAUAGAGACCAUCUAUAACACCGGGAAGGUCUGUCUUAACAGCUCGUAUUGUCUAGAACUUAGCACAGGCCUGUCAGAACUAAUGGCCAGUUCCAGAGACUACGACCUGCUGUUAAAAGCCUGGAAGGGCUGGAGGGACGUGACGGGGGCGCAGAUGAAGGACAAGUAUGCUGAGUACGUGAGCUUGCUGAACGACGCUGUCAAACCCUCCGGUUACAAGGAUGCCGGCGAAUACUGGAGAUCAUGGUACGAGUCUGCGACCUUCGAACACGAUCUGGCCGAGCUGUUUGCCCAGAUCAAGCCUCUCUAUGAACAGCUGCACGCGUACGUGCGCAGUCACCUGAAGAAGAAAUAUGGCGCCGACAAGUUCCCGACGACUGGACACAUUCCCGCUCAUAUUUUAGGAAAUAUGUGGGGUCAGGCUUGGAAUAGUCUCAUAGACCUGGUCCUGCCCUACCCCGACAAACCUAAGCUGGACGUCACGGAGGAGUUACAGCGACAGGUCGAUGCGUCCAAAGCAGGUUAA